AUGUCCAUUGAUUCUACACCACAAACUUCAGUUUCUCCAGAGCCACCUACUAAACAAACAUCUUAUGUUUUCCAAAGUACAGUUAAUAAACAGCUCCCCCAUGCAGUUGGAGGAGACGGGUGUUAUCUUAUAGUAGAAGAUGCUGAGACCGGAGAAAGAAGAAGAAUCCUCGAUGGUAUGACUGGAGCGGCCGUUGGAGCACUUGGAUGGGGCGAUGAGACCGCCAUUGAAUUAGUGGCUAAUUCAGUGAGAGAAUGCCAUUAUUCUUAUUCACCCUACCAUUGCAAUAAGAAUGCAGAAGCAUUAGGCAAGUUUUUAAUUGAUAAUUCACCCCCAGGAGUAUUCACAAGUUCAUUGUUUCUUGGAUCGGGAUCAGAAGCAAAUGAAAAUGCAAUGAAAUUAGUUAAACAAUAUUUCUUAGAACGUAAUUUACCUAAGAAAAAUAAAUUCAUUAGUAGAUCAACAUGCUACCAUGGAUUUACCCUUGGAUCACUUUCGAUUGGAGCCAAUUCAAGAGCAAAACUUUUCCAGGAUAUCUUAUUACCAAAAGAACUCACUCCUAAAACUGAUGUUUGUUAUCCAUUUCGUUAUAAGCAGAAGGGACAAUCGGAUGAAAAUUAUGUUGAGCAAUUACUUGAUAAUUUGGAAAGUCUUAUUUUGAAAGAGGGACCCGAUACCGUGGCCGCCAUUAUUUUGGAAACCUUGCCAGGAAGUUCUAUUGGUACCGUGCCACCUCCCGCUGGCUACUUACCAGGAGUCCGGAGAUUAUGUAACAAGUACGAUAUUGUCUUCUAUUUAGAUGAAGUGAUGUGUGGUACUGGUCGGGCCAACCCCCCAUCUGGUUAUGGAUUACACUGUUGGGAAAAUUAUUUAAGUCCCCAGGAGGCUCCCGAUAUUCAAACCAUUGGUAAAACAUUGGGUUCUGGGUAUAUCACCAUUGCCGGGGUUCUUAUUGGUAAUAAGAUCCAAAAAGCGUAUCUGGAAGGAUCUGGAGCAGUUAUUGGUGCUCAUACUUAUGCCUCCCAUUCUUUCAAUUGUUUGGCAGCAUUAAAAAUUCAACAAUAUAUUAAGCAAUUGGGACUCACCAAAAAUAUCUUUAAGAUGGGUAAUUUGAUGGGUACUAAAUUGCACGAAGCCUUAAAAGAUAAUCCGAUUGUUGUUGAUGUACGUGGAAUCGGGGGGUUUUGGUCAAUUGAAUUUGGUAAAAAUGGGACUCCUGAUAAUGAUGUUUUCCCAUUGGAAGCAAAAGUUGCCCUUAGAAUCCAAGCCCAGGCUUUCCAAAAUGGUCUUACCGUGAUGGGUGCCCAAGGUGGGUUCAACCAGGUCGGAGACCAUAUGUGUCUUGCUCCGGCUUUCAUCAUUCAAGAAAGCGACGUUGAUGAGAUUGUUAGAUUGACCACCAAAACCGUCAACGACAUGGCUGUUCAAUUGAAAGCGGAAGGCUACCUCUAG